ACACAACACGCCAUGAUGGAGAGGAGAGAGGAGGAGGAGGAGGAGGAGGAGGAGGAGAGGAGGACGACUACAUCCACCAGAGAGGAGGAGGAGGAGAGGACGACUACAUCCACCAGAGAGGAAGAGGAGGAGGAGGAGGAGGAGGAGGAGGAGAGGACGACUACAUCCACCAGAGAGGAAGAGGAGGAGGAGGUCUCAGGUGAUGAAGAGGUCUCAGGUGAUGAAGAGGUCUCAGGUGAUGAAGAGGUCUCAGGUGAUGAAGAGAUCUCAGGUGAUGAAGAGCAUAAGGAUAAAGAUGGUGGUGAUGAAGGUGUUUCAGGGAUGAAGAAGCAGACCAAUCAGGAAGCAGCCGGAGACAGGAAGUGUGUCCCAGGUAUUCUCUACCUGGGACACAUCCCUCCGAGGCUCCGCCCCCGACACGUGAGGAACCUGCUGUCAGCCUAUGGGGAGGUGGGCCGCAUCUUCCUGCAGCCAGAGGACGGGCAGGUGAGCACUAAGAAGAGGAAGGGAGGCGCUAAGGGGGGGUCCCGGCGCUGCGACUUCACUGAAGGCUGGGUCGAGUUCAGAGACAAGCGCAGAGCCAAGCUGGUCGCUGCGUCGCUGCACAACACGCCCAUGGGGACCAGGAAGCGCCAACGCUUCGCCUCAGACCUGUGGUGCAUCAAGUACCUGCACAGGUUCCAGUGGACUCACCUGUCGGAGCGCCUGGCCUUUGAGCAGACGGUGCAGCAGCAGAGAUUGAGGACAGAGGUUUCUCAGGCCAAAAGAGAGACCAACUUUUACCUGAACAACGUGGACCGGAGCGCUCACCUGGACACCGUGAGGAGGAAGAGACAGAGGGACGGACAGCAGGUGGACGAUAGGACGUGGGACUUCACUCAGCGUCAAACGGAGGAGGAGAUCCAGAUGAGGAAGAGGAAAAAGAAAGACUCCGUUUCCCAGAAGCACCUGGACAAGGCCCGCCUCAUACAGCAGAAGAGCCAAUCAAACGUCUCGUUGCUAGCAAAGAUCUUCAACUCCAAACAUCAGAGCGACUGAUUGGCUGUUGGACAGGAGUGUUUACAUGGAAACAGGAAGCAGACUAGAGACUGUCAGAGUUUCUGACACACCCUCAUCCACCAAUCACUGAACAGGGGGCGGAGCCAACAUGUUCUUCUGUACCUGCCUUAACGAGGUCGUUAAGUUUCCUGUACCCUCCUUAACGAGGUCGUUAAGUUUCCUGUACCCUCCUUAACGAGGUCGUUAAGUUUCCUGUACCCGAAGGUUUGUUAGUAUUCUGCAGGGUUUUGUUGUUUUGUAGCUGCUGCUCUGUUAACUGUUGUAAAUAAAUUUGAGUGCCAGAAUUCAGAACUGUGUUUUUUGAUCGUUAGAUUGAUUGAUGGAUGAUGGAUGGAUGUAUAUAGGGCACAGAUAUCACCAUUCAUACAGAGCAGUAGCGGGUGCAGAUCCGUUUCGCAGGGCGGAACGCACCGGAACACUUUCUGUCUGAGGAAAAGCAACCUUUGCAGUAACAUGAGGCACCUUUCACAUGCGCUGUGUUUACGCGCUCAAAUCAACUGUGGUCAACGUAGACGCCCCUAACGGUCCUUUGCUGUUGGAGUGACGACAAACACCCAAUCACACCCUUUCCUGUCUGUCUACCUAAUCCACACACUGACCCCCAUCACCCCCCGUCUGGCAUCAGGUCUAAACCACCAGACUCAGAGACAGAUCACCCCCCGUCUGGCAUCAGAUCUAAAAUACCAGACUCAGAGACAGAUCACCACCAGACUCAGAGACAGAUCACCCCCCCAUCUGGCAUCAGG